GUCAAUGUGACGGUGACCUCUAUGUGGAAGAAAUCGAACCUAGAGAAGAGAGGCAGUUGUGUGCGUGGAUGUCAGUGAGCGUGAUACAAAUCAUACAAUUUCACGCAACUGUUAGCUGCCCUCACCCAACUCAGUUCUUCCCUUCCGUCGUUGGGAUCGCCACUUUGUUUUCUUUUUCCUUUUUCUUCCUCCCACGAGGGCCACGACCAUUCUCAUUGGAUCACUGGUCCCUGUUUCUGCAAUUUCUACAACUCGAUCUAAUGUUUCUUUGAUCCCAGAUCUGCAAUUCGAACUUUGGUUUGUAGACAGCAGGAACCCUGCUAUGUUCUUCGGACAGAGGAUCAAUCGGAUGUUGUUCUGCUGGACGGGACUCAGUUGCUUAGGGUUUUUCUUGAAUCUAGGGUAUUGGAUUUGAUUGAACUUGGCUCUGUGCUGUUCUUGGCGGGGGGGGAUUUGAAGUCUGAAUUAUGCUGGCGAAUCAUUUUCAGAACGGCAUCGAGACAGCGAAGCUCGUCUGGUCUCGAUUACCGAACUCGGAAGAUGCUGAAGAACAGGAUGGAGUGGUCUCGAGGCUGAGUGAUGCCAGCAACGUUGAGAGUCUCGAUUAUGAAGUCAUCGAGAAUUACGCAUAUAGGGAAGAACAGGCUCAGAGGGGAAGGCUAUACGUUGGAUAUCAUGUUGCAGUGAAAUGGUUCUUUGCAUUACUCAUCGGCAUCGGCACUGGAUCAGCUGCUGUUUUUAUUAAUCUUGCUGUUGAAAACUUUGCUGGGUGGAAGUUUGCAGUAACGUUUUCUAUAAUACAAAGUUCAUACUUUGCUGGAUUUGUGGUGUACAUAUUAAUCAAUUUGGCUUUAGUCUUUUCUUCUGUAUUUAUUGUCACACAAUUUGCACCAGCAGCAGCAGGAUCGGGUAUUCCUGAAAUUAAGGGUUAUUUGAACGGAAUUGAUACACAUGGUAUCCUUCUUUUCAGAACCUUGAUUGGAAAGAUAUUUGGAAGCAUUGGUUCAGUGGGAGGAGGGCUUGCCCUUGGCAAAGAAGGCCCUCUUGUUCACACUGGCGCUUGCAUUGCUUCUCUUCUUGGACAAGGUGGAACUACAAAGUAUCAUCUGAAUUCAAGGUGGUUGCAAGUAUUUAAAAGUGAUCGAGAUCGUCGAGAUCUUGUUACCUGUGGAUGUGCGGCUGGAGUUGCUGCUGCAUUUAGAGCUCCAGUUGGUGGUGUAUUGUUUGCCUUAGAAGAGGUCACAUCUUGGUGGAGGAGUCAACUUAUGUGGCGUGUAUUUUUCACAUCUGCUGUUGUGGCUGUUGUGGUGCGUUCUGCAAUGGGCUGGUGUAAGAGUGGGAAGUGUGGGCAUUUUGGUUCAGGUGGCUUUAUAAUUUGGGACAUAUCAGGUGGUCAAGAUGACUAUUCGUUUGAGGAAUUAUUGCCAAUGGCUGUCAUUGGAGUCAUAGGAGGUCUUCUUGGAGCCUUAUUUAAUCAGCUAACUCUUUACAUAACUUACUGGCGCCGUAAAUAUUUACACAAAAUGGGGAACAGAGUCAAGAUUAUUGAAAUAUGUCUAAUCUCUUUGAUAACCUCAUCCAUCUCCUUUGGAUUGCCACUUCUAAGAAAAUGCAGUCCAUGCCCGGAAUCAGAAGCUAAUUCUUCUAUAGAAUGCCCUCGCCCACCGGGAAUGUAUGGAAAUUAUGUAAAUUUUUACUGUAAAAAGGAGAACGAGUACAAUGAUCUGGCAACCAUUUUUUUCAAUACUCAGGAUGAUGCGAUACGGAAUUUAUUUAGUGCAAAAACAUUUCAUGAGUAUAGUGCACAAAGUCUUCUAACAUUUUUGGUUAUGUUUUACACAUUAGCAGUGGUGACAUUUGGUACUGCUGUUCCAGCUGGUCAAUUUAUUCCAGGAAUAAUGAUAGGAUCAACAUAUGGACGACUUGUUGGCAUGUUCGUGGUCAACUUCUACAAGAAACUCAACAUUGAAGAAGGAACGUAUGCUCUACUUGGUGCUGCUUCUUUCCUUGGAGGUUCAAUGCGGAUGACAGUAUCCCUUUGUGUGAUUAUGGUUGAAAUUACCAAUAAUUUGAAACUCCUACCUCUCAUAAUGCUUGUUCUUCUUGUAUCAAAGGCUGUUGGCGAUGCUUUCAAUGAAGGUUUGUAUGAAGUGCAAGCUCGGUUAAGGGGAGUUCCAUUACUUGAGUCAAGACCUAAAUAUUAUAUGCGAAAAAUGACAGCAAAGGAAGCCUGCAGGAAUCAAAAGGUUGUCAGCUUCCCACGUGUUGUUAAAGUUGCAGAUAUAGUUUCUAUUUUGCAGAGCAGCAAGCACAAUGGGUUCCCUGUAGUGGAUCACACAAAGAAUGGAGAGGCACUUGUCAUUGGACUCAUACUUCGUAGCCACUUGUUGGUGCUUCUGCAGUCUAAAGUUGAUUUCCAGCAUAGCCCUUUGCCCCAUGAUCCAAAAGGUGGAUCCGUACCAAUCAUACACAAUUUCAGUGACUUCGCAAAGCCUGUCUCCAGUAAAGGGAUAUCCUUAGAUAAGAUUCAUCUAAGUCAAGAUGAUCUGGAGAUGUACAUAGACCUUGCUCCUUUUCUAAAUCCCUCUCCAUAUGUUGUCCCUGAGGAUAUGUCUCUGGCAAAGGUGUAUAAUCUUUUUCGUCAAUUAGGAUUAAGGCACAUAUUUGUUGUCCCUCGUGCUUCUCGUGUUAUUGGUUUGAUUACUAGGAAAGAUUUGUUGGUCGAGGAAAAUGAGGAUCUUGCUACAGUGGAGCUUCAAUCAACUAGUGUAAGUUCUCGUAGGCAUGAUAAAAGAGCAGUUGGAAGAAGUACAGAAGCAGAGCACCCACUUCUUGAUGGUCUUCUUGUUGAAAAUCCAUUAUAAUAGUAGAUAUGGCUCUGUUUCCCAAGGAUGAAUUCUUUCAAUUUCUUCCUCUGUAUUAACCUUCCUAGGCUUAGUGGUCAUAGCAUGCACUUGAUGUGAUUCCUAACAUGGACGAGUUCAUAAAUUAGAGCCACCUAACAUGGACGAGUCCAUUUAUGAAACAGAAAAAAGGUAUAGUCAGAUAGAUCAUAGAAAACCAGGCAGAAAGCUGUUCGAAAGGUUGGUAUAUAUAUGACGUUUGUGGUCUUGAAAUUGUAUCCAAACUGGCAGAAAUUUCUCACUAUUUCCAAUUAGAAAAUUUAAUUUCUUGAAACUAUGUUACAUUCCUAUAGAUAGCCAGUUAAUGAUACGUACAUUGACAGCUUAUGGACUA